GGAACGAUGUCUGAUAUACGUGCACUAGAACAUCAAACCAUAAAGGUACCAUAUGAAAUUCUGAAUAAAAAAUUUCGUAUGGCCCAAAAAAAUAUUGAUCGUGAUGCAUCACAAGUACAAUCAUCAAUUGCUGAACUUGAAAAAAUGGUUAAUAAAUCUAAAGAUAGAAUUGAUGAUACUGAUAAAAAUGGUAAUGCUAGUAAUGAUGAUCAUGAACCUGUUACAAUUGGACGUAUUAAUGAAUUACUGGUCGGUGUGGUUAAUAAAUUAUCCGUCUUGAAACGUAAAUCAAUUGAAUCAAUUACGGAUGAAAUAAAUGUGGCAAAUGUUUGUAAACGACGAUUAGACCAUCUUAAAGAAUAUUAUCUAAUUAAUAGUAAACAACAACAACAACAGCAGCAGCAGCUGCAACAACAACAAUUACAGAAUAAUCAUCAACAAUCAGAACCAUUAUCAACACCUCAAGCACCACCGUCAUCAUCAUCAUCAUCAUCAUCAUCAUCAUCAUCAUCAUCAUCAUCAUCAUCAUCAUCAUCAUCAUCAUCAUCAUCAUCAAUAAUAACGAAUGAAAUGGAUGAUCCAGUCAUUGCACAAUGGAAACGUAAACGAAUGGAUCGUAUGCUUGUUGAUCAUUGUUUACGUGCUGGCUAUUAUGAAACGGGCAUCCAGUUGGCUGAAUGUUCGGAAAUUGAAAAUCUAACAAAUAUUGAUAUAUUUUUGGUUUGUAAAGAUAUUGAAUCAUCAUUGGCACGACAUGAAACAGCACGAUGUUUAGCAUGGUGUCAUGAAAAUAAAUCUAAAUUACGGAAGAUUAAAUCAACAUUAGAAUUUAGUUUGCGACAACAGGAAUUCAUUGAAUUAAUACGUUCAGAACAACGUGUAGAAGCGGUUCGAUAUGCACAGAAAUAUUUUUCAAAUCUUGAAGAUCUUGGCGGAAUAUCCAUAUCGAAUGAUCUUCUACGAGUGAUGGGUCUAUUAGCAUUUCAAUCGACCAUACAUGUUGAGCCAUAUAAAUCAUUAUUUGAUUUAAAUCGUUGGCAACAAUUAAUUCAACAAUUUCGACAAGAAAAUUUCAAGCUAUAUCAGCUAACAAAUGCAUCGAUAUUUUCCAUCACAUUACAAGCCGGCCUUUCAUCGCUGAAAACACCACAAUGUUAUCGAAAAGAUGGCAAUCGUAAUAAUGAAUGUCCCGUUUGUUCCGAAGGUCUAAAUAAAUUAGCAUCAUCAUUACCAUGUGCACAUUGUUCACAAUCACGUCUUGUAUGUUUCAUAUCUGGUGAGCCUAUUAAUGAAAAUAAUCAACCAUUAAUGUUACCGAAUGGUUAUGUUUAUGGUGAGAAAUCAUUGCGUAAAAUGGCCGAUGAAAAUGAUGGAAAGGUUAUCUGUCCACGUACGAAUAAAUCAUUUAAUUUUAAAGCAAUAGAAAAAGUCUAUGUUAUGUAGAGAUCUUUUCUUUAUCUAAUUUUGAAUUCAUAUUACAUUUCACUAUAAAAUGGCUAUAAAUCAUUUGU